AACGUCAAGACGUCACUUGACGACGGCAUUAACAAAAUGAUGCUGGUCACAAACAAAAGACAGCGAAAAUAUUCUCCACAGCCAAAAAAUGGUUGAAAAAGUAGAGAAAAAUCCAUUAUCGUCUGUUUUGGAUGCCAAAAACAUUCACAUAGUAAAAGUUGAAACGGCCGUCAAUAUCAGGAACGAAAGCGAUACGAAGAAAGACAGUGAAAAGGAAAGAUUAGAAAGAAUCUCGGAAAUGUACUUAGAAAUACUUGGAAACCGUGAAGAUAGAAGAGAAAUGAACGAAGAGUUAGGGAAAAAAGAUAAGAUGUUGUCAAAAAGACAGCAAAAGAAAACAACAAAGAAGAGCAGAAAAAAGAAAAAGGCUGAGCAAAAGCAGAGAGCCAAUAAAGAAGUCUCUCAGAAAGAUGAUCACGAUGUCCAUAAGCCACGUGAAGCGUUCCUUGAAAUCGAAGUUGCAGACGACAAAAAAGAACGCGGAAAGUUCACAAGCUGCUUUGGAUUUAUCAUGGCAUGGUUUGAGAAAAGGAAAGAGAAAAGGAUUUUGAAGAAAAUCGACACAGAUCCACACAAGUUGUGUGUAAGUUCUAGUGACAUUUUGAUUGAGAUACCAAAUGCCCCACGUGCUUCUGUUGCAGACAUCUUGACCGGAAAUGGACUAAAAGAAGACGUCUUGGAAAUUGAAGACGUCGAAAUAAUUUCUUAUUAGAUUUUGUGCUGAUGGACAUAAACCACACGACAAGUAGGCUUAUUUUUCAAUUUUUGCUGGUCACGUGAAAAAUAUACACACAUAAUUUCUAAACCAAAUUUUAAAAAACCAAUAAAAGUGAUAUUUUUACAAUCCUCUUUUUAGGAACAUUUGAAUGCUUUGUUUUGUUGUUGUUGUUGUUGUUUUCUGUAAAAACUAUAUCAAAAAAUGUUCCUCUUUUCAUUGGCAAGAAUACUAAUGAACAGAUUUUUUUUUCAUUAUUUUGUUUCAAAUGUGCUUAAUUUACUCUGAAAGACAUAGUAAUUAUACUAACUAUCAUUGAGUAAAUUAUCUUCACUAUUUCAGUGAAUGAAUGUUUAUAUAUCUCAUUUCUUGUAUCUAUAUGAUGCAAUGAAAAUUAUCCUUAUUAAUACCAAUGACAAAUAAAAUGCUGAAAACAUCAUUCAACAUUCUCAACUAUGACAUUGCAUUCUGAGUUAAUAAUAUAUGAAUAACAAUUGAAUUAAUAUACAAGGUAACCAUGGCGUUUGUUUUGUAGCAUUUUAUUGUUUUAACUAAUGAAACACAUUUCAAGAUUUUUUUCACGAGUCAAAUUUACUAUUUUUGUUCCUUUUUACAUUUUUCUUUGGCAUUUUACUUUAAAAAGCAUUUCAUUAAUCACGUGACCAGCCGUUUACUUGAUUGUGUGGUGGAAGUCUGUCAGUAACUUUUGGAAUAAGAAUAAGAUUUUCAUCUAAAAAGAUAAACAUGCAUUCGAAAGAUAUUACAACCUUAGAAAUAUAU